AUGGCUGAUCAGCAUGAGGAAAACAUUCAAGAGGAGAAUGUUCAUGAUGAGGAGUCCGUUCAUAACGAUGCGAUACCCGCAGCAGGCGAAGGUCGUGGUCGUGGACGUGGACGUGGUCGUGGUAGAGGCCGUGGGCCAAAUUUUAAUAUUCCGGGCUUUGAUUUCGAACAAUUUUUAGCUGGCAUAGCAGCCAUGCAAACGAAUCAAGUGGAAGUGCAGAAUAUGCACAGAGAGCAGUUGGAUUACCAACAACGGAGAGUUGGUGCUAAUGUUGAUCGUGAUCUCGUUAUGGCUUACAUGAGGCUCAAGCCCAUGAAAUUUGAUGGAUCGAACGAUGCGUUAGAUUUCUUAGAGGAAGUAGAAAUGAAUGCUAGACGUCUUAAUGCUAAUGAAAGACAGUCUAUACUGAUGGUGGAGAUGUCAGUAAAAGGAUCUGCGAAGGACUGGUUUCAAAGGCAUAUUCAACCAAGUAUGGGAGAGAUGACUUGGAAUGAAUUUGUCACUCGAUUUAAGGAAUUCUUUCUGCCGUUUUCAGUAACGGAGAAUUAUCGAGAGAAACUGUUGAAUUUGAAUAAGAUAGGAAAGACGGUGCAGGAGUAUGUGACGGAGUUCACAAGAUUGAGUCGAUUCACACCUGAUCUGAUGUUGGAUAGAGAUAGGGUGAAUUCAAGGUUCAUUAAGGGGCUAGGACCCGAAUAUAUUGGAUUACUAUCUGAUGUCAGGAAGGAUUUGGUGCAAAUCAUCGAUAGUGCACGUCAGAUGGAAAGUACUUUGAUCCAAUUUGGAAAGAUCAAUGUUUCUGGUGAGCUCGUAAGAGAAGGAACUGCUAGUUCGAAUACGAAUAGGUUCAUUGGACCAUAUCGUAAAGGAUUUAAGAAGGGAAAGAAAGAUAGGAGAUUUAGUGCGUCUGGAUCAAGUUCUAGUGGACGAAGUUCAGGAGGAAUAGUACCACUAUGUAACACUUGUGGAAAGAAGCAUUUUGGGGUAUGCUUUAUGACGAGAGGUUGUUACACAUGUGGACAGCAAGGUCAUUUCUCAAGAGAAUGUCCUAUGUCUGGACCACAAGGUUCAAGUGCUAGUGUUGUUCAACCAGUGUUUCAACAACCUAGACCUGUAUAUUCUGCAGUGUCUGGGCAGGCACAGAACCAAAAUGUGUUUAAUGGACAACGUGGAAGAGGAUAUGGUUUUGGAAAUCGUGGUGGAGGAAGGACCACAGGCGGACGAGGAUCUGGAGCAACUGCUAGCGGAGGGCAGGCUAGAGUUUUUGCGAUCAAUCCUCAAGAGGCGAAUGCGUCGAACGCGGUAGUGCAAGUAGCUACACCUGUAGGCGAAAGCAUAGACGUUACUGUAGUGUAUCCGUCGUGUCCUGUGUUAAUUGGAGAGCGAGAAUUGCUUGCGGAUUUGUUGUUGCUUAAUGUCUUAGAAUUCGACGUCAUCCUAGGAAUGGAUUGGUUGUCGCGACAUUAUGCGAAUGUGGAUUGUAGAGAGAAGAUAGUGACGUUCCAUGCACCUGGAACUGAACUUAUCUCUAUACGGGGAGAGAAGUUGGAAACCCCAAAGAGUUUAGUCUCGGCUUUGAAAGCGAGAAAGAUGUUAAGUAAAGGAUGUCAAGGAUUUUUAGCUCUGGUACGAGAUGUUCAGAAGGAAGUUGGUAAUGUGAAUGAUGUACCAGUAGUGUCGGAGUAUUCUGAUGUGUUUCCAGAAGAGUUACCUGGAUUACCACCAGAUCGAGAGAUUGAAUUCUGUAUUGAUCUAGUUCCUGGAACAAGUCCAAUAUCGAUACCUCCGUAUCAUAUGGCACCAGCAGAACUAAAGGAGUUGAAGGAUCAAUUAGAAGAAUUGAUUGAUCGUGGAUUUAUACGACCAAGUGUCUCACCUUGGGGAGCACCUGUGUUGUUUGUAAAGAAGAAGGAUGGAUCUAUGAGACUCUGUAUAGACUACAGACAACUCAAUAAGGUCACAAUCAAGAAUAAGUAUCCUUUAUCCAGAAUUGAUGAUUUAUUCGAUCAAUUGCAAGGAGCGAGGUACUUUUCGAAGAUUGAUCUGAGGUCUGGUUAUCAUCAGUUGAAGAUCAGAAAUGAUGAUAUUCCGAAGACUGCAUUCAGAACAAGAUACGGUCAUUAUGAAUUUUUGGUGAUGUCAUUUGGAUUGACAAAUGCACCAGCGGCUUUCAUGGAUUUGAUGAAUCAGAUUUUUAAACCGUUUCUAGAUCAAUUCGUGAUAGUAUUCAUAGAUGACAUCUUGAUUUAUUCGCGCACAGAGGAGGAGCAUGCGCAACACUUAAGGAUUGUGUUACAAACUUUGAGAGAUCAUCAGCUUUAUGCCAAAUUCUCGAAGUGUGAAUUUUGGUUAGAAGAAGUAGCAUUUUUGGGACAUGUAAUAUCUCAAAGUGGGAUUAAGGUAGAUCCUAAAAAGAUUGAAGCGCUAACUCAGAAGAACGCGAAGUUCAUUUGGAAUGAUCAAUGUGAAGUGAGUUUCCAGAAGCUGAAGGAGUGUUUGACAACAGCUCCAGUUCUGGCAUUACCAGAAGGUAGUGAUGGACUUACAGUCUAUUGUGAUGCUUCUAGGAUCGGGUUAGGAUGUGUACUGAUGCAACAUGGUCGAAGAGAGCUGAAUCUCAGACAGAGAAGGUGGAUGGAGUUGCUAAAGGAUUAUGACUGUACGAUACAGUAUCAUCCUGGCAAAGCUAACGUAGUGGCUGAUGCGUUGAGCAGAAAAUCAGCAGGAAGUUUAGCUCAUGUUACUUUAGUUGAGAAGAGACCAAUGAUUAGAGAAGUGCAUUUGUUGUUUGAUCAAGGGGUUCAAUUAGAGAUUUCGUAUUUAGGGAGUUUGUUAGCUCAAAUGACGAUUAAACCUACAUUGAAUGAUAAGAUUAAGGAACUUCAGACAACGGAUCCUCAACUAAAUCAUGUUAUUACAGAAGUUCAAAAGGGAAUGAACUCUGAGUAUAAUUUGAAAGGUGUAAUCCGAUUUGGAAAGAAAGGAAAGCUAGCGCCGAGAUAUGCAGGGCCUUACGAGGUAAUUGAGCGAAUAGGAGCGGUAGCUUAUAAGUUAGCAUUACCGUCUGAGAUGUCGCUAGUACAUCCAGUGUUUCACGUGUCGAUGCUUAGGAAGUAUAUUCCUGACCCUCAUAGACUUAUUCAACCUCAGGAGGUUGAGAUAGACGAGGAGCUAUCUUAUGAGGAAGAACCCGUAGAAAUUGUGGAUACCCAGAUUAGGAAACUCCGUAGUAAGGAGAUACCUAUGGUAAAAGUGCUCUGGAGGAGCCGUACAAUUGAGGAAUGUACGUGGGAAACAGAGGCGGAUAUGCGGAAACGAUAUCCCCACUUGUUUGCUCAAGGUAAUGGUUUGUUUUGA